GCACAAUUGUAUGCUUAUUGGAGUUUUUGCACUUCAUACCAGCAUAUUGAGGAUACAGUGAAGACAGUAAGGUUAACUGUGUCAGUAGUCGCAAAAGCCAGUUAGAAUGUAAGUUGAGUGGGAUAAAGAUUCAUGAUAAUAAGAUUGUAAUGACUUGGGUGAAUAUAUAACGGAAUCGAUAGUGGCAGAUGUGGUUCUUUCAUUCCUUCGUGUUCCGAGUGGAAUAUAGGACUUUAAGUCUGAGCUUUGAAUUUUCAGUGGCAGUAGUAUUUUUUAUGGGGUGGGGUUGCUAGUUUCACGUUCAACCUUCUUUUUCUACCAGUCUACUAUGGACAAUGCGAGGUUUAAGAAUGUGUUGUCUGGGAAUCGAACCCGGAACAAGUGUAUGGUUGCUGAGCAUUCUACCGUUAAACCACCCACACAGUGUGGUGUGGUUGGUUGAACAAAGAAAUUGGAAUGAGACAUUAUUACUUUUCGGAAACUUCUUAUUUUGUACAGAAUGAAGCAGUUUCAUUCUCGUUUUUCAUUUUUUCUUCAAGUUAUUAAGUUACUUUAUGUGGCUGUUUUCAUACACUCUAGGGAGUUUCAUGUCCGUGCGCUAGGUGUCGCCUAUCCAACAAGUGUUUCCCCUAUUAUUGGCAGUUUGUUAGUUAAUAAUGAUGGUGAUGGCAAUUUCUAAGUGACUAAGUUUUCAUUUUUCAGGUUCAUCUAAACAAUGGACGAUCGACCCGUUAGUGGCGUAGGUGCCUACAAAAUUAAUUGGGAUGAGAUAGAUGAACUGUCUAAUCCGUUUGCAAAUGGAAGUAAGGGUCUCUCAUCUAAACCUAAUUCAAAAACCGAUCUGAAACCAUCUGCACGAGGAGAUGGUCCAAAUGAUAACACAAAAUCACAAUCAAAUAUACCGAAUGAUGCUCAACCUGAGAAAUCUACCAAACAAAAUCCACAAAAUCCCAAGCCAGAUAACCAAGCUUCUGUGAAACAGAAUAAUCUUGCUGAAGUUACUCAGCCAUCCAAUCCCCCGUCUUCUACAAUGGUAAACGGUCAGGAUAUUCCUAAAUCUAUCCAGAAGGAAAAUGUCCCUCAGCAUGAUGGUGAAACUGUCCCAAUCCCGAAUCCUCAAGCUGUUAUUCCAUCUCCUGAAGAAAUAUCAGAGGCGUUACAAAAUGUUCUAGAUGAUCAGUCUAACAAAACUUUUGAAAAUAAUAAUAAUAAUGAACAUCUUGAAGUCGCUAAUGAUCUCCCCAAUGAAGCUGACCAAAAUUCAGAUGAAGUCGUUGAAAAUCCACUUGAAAACAAUAACAACGCUAUUCCAGAUGUAAUGCAGACUUCACGUAUUGAUUCAUCAACACGUCCAGCAUCACCAGCACAACCGGGAAUGCUUAACAAAACUGAUAGCAAUAUUAUUAGUAAUCAUUCAUCUUCAGUUAAUGGCAGUAAAGAAAAUGCUCAACUACCUCCUCAACAUCCGUCAAAGGCAUCACGAGACAGUAAAUCAAAUGAUACAGAGUUGACUGCAUUACGUAAAGAACGUGACCAGCUACUGAAAACAAUAGAAGAAAUGAAAAAUUGUAUCACAGAGUAUGAUCGUAGUUUACAGCAUAUGGUUGAAGAGAAAGCUCACAGUCAAGCCCACGUUAAUGUAUCUGUAGCUGAUUUAAUUAAAGAACGUGAUGAAGCUGUUGAAGAAUUGGCUACAAUUGAAAAAGCUUUUGGUGAUUUACACAGACGCUUUGAAAAAUCAAAACAAAUUAUUGAAGGAUUUAAACAGAAUGAACAAGCUUUAAAACACAGUAUUGAGGAGUAUAAAAAUCUACUACAACGUCAAGAAAGAAAGUAUGUAGCCUUGAAGAAACAUGCUGAGGAGCAAUUAUUAAAAGUGAAUCAAGACACUGAGACAGUAAAACAGGAAUAUGAAACAAAUCAAACUCGACUACAGGCGUCAUUACGUAUAGCUGAACUUCAAGUUAAAAGUCUUGAAUCUCAGUUACAGCAGAAGACUAGAGAAAAUGAAGAAUUAACGAAGAUAUGCGAUGAAUUGUUGAAUAAAUACGGGGGAUUAACAUAA